AUGACCGACCCGGUGCGAGUUACUCCAAACGGGCGUAAGAGGCCCAGAGCGGCACGAGCGUGUGAGGCGUGCAGGGCACAUAAGCAGCGAUGCGAUGAGUUUUAUCCUUGUAGUAAGUGUAAAAGUGAGGAUCCAGAUCAUCCAAACCUCGAUGACUACGCUCAUACAUAUGAAGAACGAAACAUCACUUGUGUUUACGUCAACUCUUUUCGAUUCCGAGAAAGUAGUGUCUCAAGCCGGAGGUCGAGCAGCAAUCCUGGAGCACGCAAAAAUGAGAUCAGCACUCAUGAUGGUCGUGAAGCUUCGUCUACGGAGGACAAUCCAUUUGGCCAGACCUCUGGCUCCGCUGUCUCAAAUGGCAAGGAGCAAGAACUGUGUUCACAACCUCUAGAGGCCUCAAAGAACGUGGAAGGUGAGCUUAGGGAAGUCAAUCAACAUACGCUGGACACCGAAUUCCACGGUCCAUCCUCAUCCAUGGCGUUCUUAGCUGCUAUCCAGCAACAAUCUACCAUGUCUAGUGAAGAUCGAGUCCAGGCCGACGUUUCCACACCCUCAAUCAUCUCGACUCUCCACAAUAGUUCUUUCUCCGCGGAGUCAGAAUCCAGAUAUGACCCUGAAGGAAGCGCGCUGUCGGCUGAAAGAUACUUUUUUCGCCAAUCCCAGUCAUUCUUAGCAGCCUACUUUCAAACUCUCCAUUUUAUUCACCCCAUUAUCGACAAAGAAGAAUUUCUCCUGCGAUGUGAAGACCUUUGGUUUGGGAACGCAGAGAAACAAUCAACUUCGUUUGUUGCACUCUACUUUGCGGUCAUGUCACUUGGAGCGUUGAUGGGCGAAUGGGAAGAGCCCAAGUUCCUGGGCAAAUGUCGAUUUGAAUGGUCCAGGAAAAUGUUUCGAUGUGCCAACCUCGCCAUGAUCCUGUCCCAGAGGAAGAAUGACCUAGAGACAGUCCAAGGAAAUCUAAUUCUGGCCAAAGUCUGCCAGAACGAACUCAACCCCCACCUUGCGUACACCUACCUGGGAACCGCUAUACGGAUAAGCUUGUCGGCCGGUUACAAUCGACAGCCAACUCCAACUCCAAGUGAGCCGUCUGGACAGGUAUUGGCCCAAAGAAAUGCCGCUUCGAGGACAUGGUGGGGUUUAUACUCGCUCGAGGUGGAGCUGAGCUUUGCCCUCGGUCGUCCAGAUUGCCUUGGUCUCGACGUCUACCACAACCGUGAGAUGCCGGGAAUCAACGACUCGGAAACCGCCAUCAUAGCGGUCAUGGUAGAACUUGCCCGAAUAAUUAAAAAGGCAUCCAUCUCGGUUUACCUGUCCAAUGUCACCAUUCAUGAAAGGCUUCGCUAUGCCCAUCUGAUCGAGAACGAAUUGGAGGCGUGGGUACAAAAAUUGCCGUCGAUGCUGCGGCCGCAAGCGUCAGAUGGGAAUAAAGGUGUCGGCAUCAUGCGUACUCGAAAGUGGGAACAGCGACAAAGAGACACCCUCGAAUUCCGAUAUUUCAACGUAAAAAUGGUUCUUUUUCGGCCCUUCCUCCUUCACAAGGCCCGGGAUCCCCAGUCGCAGCCGGUAGAACUCGACACGGCAGUGUCUAAAUGCGCCAUCGCUGCACGGGAGACUAUUCGGAAGAUGUAUCAGAUGUUCUGUAGCCAUUCCUAUUUUCGAAGUUGGUGGUACAACACAACAUAUACGCUGUAUGCGGCCUCCAUCAUACUAUGCUACGCAACAAAAAUUGCUCCAAUUAUUGAACGCCCAGAGUUGUUCAACCUCAUUGGGAUGAGUGUUGAAAUCCUAGAGGCAAUGAAAGAUGCCGAGGUCGCCAGAAAGGCGGCCGAGUUGUUGAAUCGUGUCUUGUCUCGGGUCAGGGAAGGGGAACUUGACUCAGACGUCGUGAUUGACAACUCGAAUUCCCAGCCAUGUCCUGCGUCGCUAGAUGACCCGGCUGUGGACAUUCCCCAAUCACCCAUAACGAAACUAUUCUUUGAUCUUUUCUAUGAGCAGGGAAGUAACUUUGGGCAGGACUCGUUCUCAUUAUACGAUGUGCCGCCUUCAGAAUGGCUAGUCUAA